AUGUCUGAAGAAUCUCCCUUGAAGACUGUUGGAUUCGAUCCUCGCUACCCUUACCAGAACCAGACCAAGCACUGCUGGCAAUCGUACGUUGACUACCACAAGUGUGUCAACGCUAAGGGUGAGGACUUUGCUCCUUGCAAGAUUUUCUACCGCACCUUUAACUCUCUUUGCCCUACUCUUUGGAUUGAAAAGUGGGAUGAACAGAGAGAAAAGGGCAAUUUCCCUGCCAAGCUCGACUAA